AUGGACGAUGGCCCUACUCCCGCCGUACUUCGCGAUAUAUUCAUUACGCGCUAUGUGAAUGCCGCCGCCUUUGUGAUUUUACUUUACGACCAUCUUCUGACGCUCGGAACGGAAAUCUCACUGAUAUGGCCCGCAAAAUUAACUUCCGCCAAAGCCCUCUUUCUUUAUGUUCGCUACGUGGUACCCUGUGCCAUGAUUCUAUAUACCGUCCAACUCUCUGGUCUUGCAUCAAGUUUAACAUUGUCUGACGCUGUAAGUUCCGUCCUUGUAAUCAUUUCCAGUCGUUCUAACCAUUACCAGUUUUGUCGCUGGUGGAUGAGUUUCGCAGCCUUCAUAGGAUGGGCCGCUGUUGCUAGUAGUAAUUGUGCGCAGCGCUCAUCCGUAUCCCGCACAACGCUGACCGCAACAAGUUUUAAUUUUGCUUCGGCUCUGGGUUAUAUGGGACCGCAAUCGCAGGCUGAUGAUUUGGACCAUGAUAUGCUUUAUUAUCAUCCAGACAACCGGCCUGAUUGCAGCCUGCAUCUUGGUCUGGCAAAUGAGGCGUUCGUGUCGCUGCCGCCGUUCUCUCACCAGGCUCACAUUGUUUAUCCAGCCCAUCUACAGUGGAAUAAGGGAGCCCAGAUGUGCAUAUUUAAUAGACACGUUCAAGUGAGCAUAUUAUGGAUACCUGGAAUGGUCUUCGACAUCAUUCUUUUCCUCGUCACUUGGUGGAAUGCCCUCAACAAGCCACGGCCGUCCAAUGCGCCGUUAGCUGCCACCAUGUACAGAGAUGGGCUGUUCUACUUCGUGGUCCUUCUCGCUCUUCGUAUCCUCAACACAGUGCUCGCUGAAGCUCCCCACAUUCAAAACGGCCUUACGUUCGUUGCGAUGUUCCCCGUCUUGUGCUUGACUGCCACAACGACAUGUCGACUCAUCAUCAGGCUACGAGAGGUCUCAGACGACGAGCAGCUAUCUUAUGAUGCUCCUGAUGAGAUGCUCACAGUCAAUGGUGACUACGACGAGCUUGAACAUUCUGGUGUACAAAUCGAUAUGUUGCGUUCCAGUUCCGUUGGUCCUUCCACACCAAUGAGAGCGACGGGUAGAUGGUAUUGA